GCUGUCUGGGGGCUUCAGCUUGCAGUUUGGACAUGGCCUGAGCCAUGGGCGACGAGGUGCGUCUCGAGCUUCAGCAUGCCUUCGGAUCCUUGUGCGGCUCUUCUUUGCGCGAGCCCUGUGUUUUUGCCGACAGCGCCGGCCAGCAGAUCGCCUUCAUCGUGGGCCGGCAGCUGGCGCUUCGCCAUGUGGAGAGCAACGAGACCACCUUCCGCACCGUUGGAGAGCGGGUGGACCUGCUGACGGCGUGCUGCGCCUCAAGGGACCGCAGCUUUUUGGCGCUGGCGGAGAAGAGCGGCGAGGCCAAGGUGGCCAUCUUCGACCUGAAGUCGGGCAACUCGGGGCCCGUGAAGAUGGUGCGGCCCUUCGGGGGCGCGGCCCGGGUCUUGUCCCUGGCCUUCAGCGGGUCCCACGAAGGCGGCGCCGGCGCCGGCUCUGCCCCGAAGUAUCUGCUGGCGGCCUCUCAGGGGCCGGAGCCCACCUUGGCGCUCAUGAACUGGGACGCGGAGAAGGUCCUCUGCAAGGUGAAGCUCUCCUUCCAGGUGGAUCGGAUUUGCUUCCCCCAGCAGCCUGACAUCUUGCAGGUUACUGCCAGUGGGCCCCAGGGCCUGCGGCUUCUGCAGAUUCGGCACGCCAAGGGGGAGGUGUCCUUGAAGCUGAUGCCACCUUUUUCCAAUCUUCCAGAUGAUCAAAGGAUUCUGGAUCACACCUGGUUGGGAACCACUGUGGCUCUUUGCGUGCAAGAGGGCUUCGUACACCUCCUCAACACUGAGGAGCUGAUCUUGCUGCAGAGUAUCGAGUUUCCUUUUGGCCAAAACGCGGAGAUUGAAGACCUCACGCCGCUCUGCAUCCGCGCCUUGACGGGGGGCUUCGUGGUCGGCGGCUCCAGCGGUUACAUCGCCAUGUGGGAGCUGGCGGAGGAGGAGGACGGCAGCGAUGCUUCCGCGCUGGCCGAGGAGUACAAACUCGCCACCGCCGCUAAGGUGCGGCCUGAGUCGGACGCAGUCAGCUCCCUGGACAUCUCCCCAGGAGAGGAGUCCUUGCUGCUGGGCUUCGCAGAUGCGGAUAUUGGGAUCGUCUCUAUCAGCACGCUCUACAGUAGCGAGGAGGUGACCUGCCACGUGAUCGGCAACCACUCGGCAGCCAUCACGGGCAUGGACCUGGCGGUGCAUCGCCCACUGCUUCUCACCGCCUCGAAGGGGGACGGCACGGUGCGGGUUUGGAACUGCACUUCUCGGACCUGCGAGAUCCGGGCCGCCUUCGGUGAAGAUCCUCACGCUGUUGCCGUCCAUCCUUUUGGGUACUAUGCCGCUGUGGCUUUUGCCGAGAAACUGCGGCUGUACCAUAUCCUGGUGAAGGACUUGAAGCAGCACACGGAGAUCCACAUGAGGGGCAUCCAGCUCUUGAAGUUCAGCCCCUCUGGACACCUACUGGCAGUCUGCCAGGGCAAGGUGAUCCACAUCUACAGCGUUCGAAACUUGGCCAAGGUGGUCACCUUGCAGGGCCACAGCCAGGAUGUCACGGGCCUCAGCUUUGACCCGGAGGACCGGUCCCUCUGGAGCAUCGAAGAUGGGCGGCUCAUCGAGUGGAGUUUGGCGACUUGGGGCAUCGAGGCCAACGUCUCCGAGCCCCGGUGUGGGCGGACACCGGAAACACCUGCAAAUUGAGCUAGCUCGGUGGAUUCCACUGUUUGCCGUUUGUUUUAGCCACAAAGCCAUGAGACCCAGC